GAAGCUGGCUUUCCUGCCAUCCAAUCAGGAUUGAAACUACCCAAAAUAUAAGCGCCUUUCUCAAUUGUUUUCCCCGCUCAGCUCUUUUAUCGUCUUUUUUCUUAUAUAGGAUACAGUUAUUUUCUUUUACCUUCUUUAUUAUUCGUCCUAAAAUGUGGUUGGAUAAUUCCGGCUAUGAACAACUUGGGCAACAACAGAAACAUUACCCUUCUGAAUCCACGGGUCGAUUGGAUUAUUACACCGAGGAAGAUGACGAAACCACUGUAACGGGGGGGACGAUGAGUACGCUGCUUGAUCAAGACAACGCUUAUUUACCAGCAUUAUCACCUUCAAAUGAAACACCAUUACCCAUCGUUGCCUUUCAGGAAGAAAUGGAAAACCUCAAUGAUUCCCGGAUUUCGCGUUACCAAAAUACCUAUUUUAUGGAUGGGGGAAGUCGAUUCAUUUCGCUCCCCACGCUUGGUAACACCAAUACAAAAACGGCUUCUCAUAUUUCUCGUGUAUUCGAGGAUUGGUUGCAAAACAAAUUAUACAACCAAAGCAAUGACGGCCUAGAUCGCUUACCCAUUCUCGAGGACAGUGCUGAGUUGGUUGCCGAAGAUAUUCUCAACAAGCUCAAGUCACGCAUGUCAUUACGAGGUCUUCUCGGAUUAGACAAAAUUUACAUCAAAGUUCGAACGGGCCAUGUUUAUACCUACCGUCAAUUGGAAAACGGACAACCCAUGAUUACAGAAGACAUGGAAGGUUUCUUCCAACAAUUUCCUCUUUUUGUCGAAAUUGCCAUUAGCACCAUGGCCCGCAAUACCAAUGAUCGCACAGCUAAUGUCUCUUAUGAUGGAGAUCUCACUGUCCAACUGCUGUUGUCAUUUGAGAAUAUGACCAUCAAUGCCGGUGAUCCCUACAAGAUCAUGGAAGAUGUCCAGUUAUCAGCUUGAAGACGAUCCUCUUGUAUCGAACAAGCGUGAACCAUACUUUUUUUUAUCCUUUUUAUUUUUUGCCUAUGUUCGCUCAUCUCCCUAUUCAUUGUUAUGUGUAAAUACAAAUAUUAUUGAAUUACCCAUCUGAAUCAGACUCAU